AUGGCGGCCCAAAGUGUGGAUGUGUUGAUUGUCGGGGCCGGAGCUGCUGGCUUGACUGCUGCCUAUGAUUUGCACUUCGAUACAACUCACACGUACAAGAUUCUGGAGGCGUCUUCGGUUGUCGGUGGCCGCCUGAAGAAAAUGCCCCCAGGAUUUGCAGACUUCCCUAUUGAUAUUGGUGGUGAAUGGAUACACGCGGAACCCUCCAUUCUGGAUAAAAUAUACGCUGAUGCCAAUGAAAACCCUACCGAUUCCAUUAAAACAAUUCCAUAUGUGGACUCAUAUGACGAAUAUGUUGGAGGAGAGUGGGUUGCUAACGAAUUUCCUACUGAAGACUACAAGUUUGUGAACUAUACAUGGUUUGAUUUCAUCAAUGACUGGAUUGCAGUUGAUGUGAAGGAUAACAUUGAGUUCGGUUGCCAAGUGAAUUCUAUUGAUUGGUCUAACACUCCUGUGGAACUAAGCUGUGCGGAUGGAAAGCAGUGGACUGCCAAGCAUGUCAUUGUGACAGCCUCAAUGAAAGUGUUGCAAGACAAUGAUAUUGCAUUUUCCCCUUCAUUGCCUGAUAGAACCAAAGCUGCAAUUGAUGAGUACUACUUCAUGCCUGGUCUAAAGGUCUUCAUGACAUUUAAGGAACGAUUCUACCGUGAAGCCUUCGAGUUCGCCAGCGACUACCAAAAUGUUGAUGUUUUUGGAUCCCGGUAUUUCUAUUCUGUGUCAUAUGGUCAAACCACCAAAGACAAUGUCUUGGGUAUCUUUGCUGUGGGUGAAGCUGCUGACAGGUUCAUUACCAUGACGGACCAGGAACUUUUCGACGAUAUACUGCAACAAUUGGAUGGUGUCUAUGAUGGCCAGGCAACCCCUAACUUUGAAACUGGCUUUGUUCAGAAUUGGAGCAAUGAAAUGUUUGUCAAGGGUGCCUACACUUAUCUCAAUGACGACGAUGGAGCUCUGGAUUCUGUGCAUGUGUUGAGAGAAUCUCUGGACGACAAAAUAUUUUUUGCGGGGGAAGCAGUCCCACCCAACAACUAUGAGUAUGGCUUUGCCCAUGAAGCUGCCUUUUCUGGCAGAGCGGCAGUCAACAAGAUCACGCCUCUCCUUUCUGGUCGUACUCCGGUUCCAGGAAAAACGCUGGACGAAACAACUCCUCCUUCGUCAUCCCUUGCUCUCCGGUUUGACUGGGCCAUUUGUUUUGGAGUCGUCGUCUUACUCUUUGUAAGCUAA